GGGUGCGCCCGUGCGGCCGGAAGCCGAGAGUCAGGCUUUUCCACCCGGGCGCUGGGCGGGUGGGUCAGCCUCUCGGGCAGGUUGGUGGCCAGCGCCCGUUGCCUUUCCAUCCCCGUCUGCCUCUGUUCCUCUCUACACAUCACAGGGAAGACUUGGGGAUCUUUAAGCACUCAGGGGAACCUUUCCCUGAGACAUGAAACUUGGGGGCCGAAUGCUCCGGGCUCUCCUAUCUGUCCCAGGGGGUUGGAGAAGUACCCGAAGCUUCAGCUCAUGGCUACCCCAUCUACCUGUGACUGCCACAGAGGUGGUUAACCACUGGACGGCAGUCUUUGAAAAAAGAGGUAUUCCCGAGGCUCGGGAAUCCAGUGAGUACAUCGUGGCUCAUGUCCUCGGAGCCAAAACAUUUCAGAGUCUGAAGCCAGUACUUUACACCCAGCCCCUGACGCCUGGGCAGGUACAGUGCAUUCAGGAGCUGAGUAGCCGCCGGUUGCAAAGGAUGCCUGUGCAGUACAUUCUCGGUGAGUGGGACUUUCAAGGGCUCACUCUGAAGAUGGCACCCCCAGUGUUCAUCCCUCGGCCAGAAACAGAGGAGCUGGUCGAAUGGGUGUUGGAGGUGAGCCAGAGGGCCUGUGCUGUGGGAAGCCCAGGUGGCCCCCUCAUCCUGGAGGUGGGCUGUGGGUCAGGAGCCAUCGCCCUCAGCCUGCUGAGCCAGCUUCCCCAGAGCCGAGUCAUUGCUGUGGAGAAGGGAGAAGCCGCCAUCCGCCUGACCCGAGAGAAUGCUGAGAGGCUGCGGUUGCAAGACAGGAUUCGUAUCAUCCCCCUCGAUGUGACCUUAGAGGGGUGUUGGAUGCAGCUCUUGCCUUGGGGCCCUCUGGACCUGGUUGUCAGCAACCCUCCCUACGUCUUUCACAAGGACAUGGAGCAGCUGGCUCCAGAAAUUCGCAGUUAUGAAGACUUGGAAGCCCUGGAUGGUGGGGAGGAUGGCAUGGACGUCAUUGCCCACAUCCUAGCCCUGGCACCUCAGCUCCUGAAGGACUCCGGAAGCAUCUUCUUAGAAGUCGACCCAAGACACCCAGAGCUUGUUCACAGCUGGCUUCAGACCCGGCCUGACCUGUCCCUUGAUCUUGUUGCCGUACGCAAAGACUUUUGUGGGAGGCCCCGGUUCCUGCAUAUCCAGAGGUCUGGGACGCAGCGUGGGUGCCCUCCAGAUGCCUGGCCAGGGCCCCAGACUGUCGCAGUGCCUGGCUGACUCAUCUUCCUGGAAUGCUACUUGGAAGGAGGUGGAUGGCAUCAUCCAGAACCCAAGAUGCUUGCGGCAUUUCCCGUCACGCUGUGAUUUACUGUGCCCUUAUGUUUCUAGGAGACUUGUGGGGAGAAGCAAGGACAGAGGUCUCCGUGGGGCAGCAAAGAGCCAGGAUCUGGCUUUUCAGCUACACAGGAGCCCAGUGUGGCUCCAUCGCUUCAGAGCAUUCCAUGCCGGUGACUCCGGACUCAGUGCGUGAAAUUGCUUUGGCGACAUUAGGGGUUGUGACAAU